CUCUCGAACCGUUGCACGGUUUACUUUAAAUGACGCAAUAGUAAUAGUAGCGUCCUUGUAGUACUAAGCACAUACCUACGUAAUAUUUAUUUCCCGUGACGUCUUGAACGACACACUGGAUUAUUAAAUAAUAUAAUUGAAAUUAACCACGUUCAUAAGAAACUUGAAUUGCUUGGAGAAAAGUACGGCCGUGCUGCGUUUUUGCUCGACUUGGCAACAGAUAACGAUAAAAUUUGCACCUUUAAUUAAUAAGAUAAUAAGUAUUUAUAUUUUAAUUAGUCAGUUGCAGAUACAGUGCAAGAGAAGUCAUGUCGAAAGUGGCCGUUGUGACCGGUUCGAAUAAAGGCAUCGGCUUUGGCAUUGUCAAGGCUUUGUGUCAGAGAUUCGACGGAGUGGUGUACUUGACAUCGCGAGAUGAGACGAGAGGGAAGGAGGCUGUCGCUAAAUUGAACGAACUAGGACUGAAACCAGAAUACCAUCAACUUGACGUAGGUGAUAGAAGCAGCGUGGAGAAGUUCAGAGAUUAUAUCAAGGCAAAGUAUGGAGGACUCGAUAUACUCAUAAACAAUGCAGCUGCCUUGGAUGCAGAUUAUGCGUCUGGGACCUUCGAAGACGUCCUAACGUGUAUAAGUAUAAAUUAUAAAAGUGUUUUUACUUUGAAGGAGUUUAUUUAUCCAUUGGUUAGGAACAACGGUCGAAUAAUCAAUAUUUCCAGCAGCUGUGGUCAUCUUUCUAAUUUAAGAAACGAAUAUUGGAUAAAGAGGUUAUCUAAACAGGAUUUAUCAGAAGCUGACGUCGAUGAAUUCGUCAACUGGCAUGUCGAGUCAAAGAAGAAUAAUACAUACAAUCCUGAGAAUUUUGCUGAUGGAGGAACUAUUCCAACUUAUAGAGUUUCGAAGAUAGCUCUCAGCGCUAUAACUAUGGUACACCAGCGAGAGUUUGAGUCCAAGAACAUAUCUAUCAACUCAAUGCACCCUGGACUGGUACGCACUGAUAUGACCUUAGGAUAUGGCACCCUCAGCACAGACGAGGCGGCCGAGACGCCGGUCUACCUCGCCCUGGAUGCUCCACAAUCACUGAAAGGUGCUUAUGUAUGGCACGACAAAAGAGUGUUAGACUGGUACGAUUACAAAGCCGAUUAUUACUUUACAAUAAAGUCUCUAUUCCCGUAG